CCUUAUUAGCAGAAUUUGGGGGUCCCUAGUUUUUUCGUGGGGACUUUUAUUUUCUAGUCACAGUUAAACAGUAAUACCCAGUUCUGUUUCUUUGCAGAAUGUCCUAAUUCAACUGGCAGGGGGUCAAGUUUCACCUGAGUCUUGGAUCCUUACUGAGGAAUUCUUCAAGCUUCCACUCUCAGACAUUGGUGUUUGUAUCUCACAUCUCACCUGUGAGUCUGCCAAGGUCAUACUAAGCAACUUAUCCCAGAAUAAGACUUCCCUGCAGGUACCUGCUGAAUAUUACUCCCUUUUAGUAUCUUCGCUACUAAAAAAUCAAGUGGCCAUUGACCUGGUUCUGCUCAUUGACCUUGUUCCAUUUUUGCACUACCUGGAUCCUGAUGAGAUGUUGAAACUCCUUCCCCCUGUGUAUGACAACAGUGAGGUGCUCCUGGCUCUCAGCAGCUUCGCUGGAUCAUUUUCCACUGACCAAAGACUUGCUCUUGGGCUCUGGCUCCAGAAUUCUGCUAUAUUUAAGAAUAUCUCAUGUUUAUCAGACUCUGUCAUACAGGAGGUUGGAAACCUCCUCCCAUUGCUCCCGUUGAACAAGUUCCAAGAGCUGAAUCCACAUCAGGUUCUGCAAGUUCUUCCUUAUCUCACUGUGGUUAUGCCUUCCUCCUAUCAGAGGAUUAUCCUUUCUAAGGUAUUUCAGAUUCCUAAUGUGACUGCACAGGACAUGGAGUUAUUGGGGCCUUACAUAUGUCAGGCAGAUGUCCAAGAUCUCUGGCAGUUCCAGCAGAAUCAGGAUAUAUUUGUGGUGCUCAAAAGUAGCCUCCUUGAGUGUGUGAAGCAAAAAGAACAUUAUCCAGAUAGUAAGAUGCUGGACUUCUUGUUCUGGGAUGUCCCCUGGAGAUACCCUCAGAGUCUCAGCUGGCAGUCAGUCUCCACUCUAGCUCCGGUACUGCCAUCUCUUGGGGUCACAUUCCUUCAAAGUCUGCGCUUGGAGCAAGUCCUACCAGCACUGGCCGAUGUGGGAUCAGUGUCCUUCACACCAGCACAGGCAUGCUAAAUAAACACUGGCUUGAAUUGAAGUUGUGUGUGUGUGUAGUCAGUAAUAUAAGUCUAUAUGGAUUAGUCUUCACAUAUAAAUGACUGUAUAUUAGAAUGUUGCUUGCAAUUACAUUCUUCCACUGUGCAAAAAAAAAAACAGUUUUUAGAUGGAAGGAUCUCUUUAAGUAAAAGAGUAGAGGUCAGCCAAUAUUAAUUCAAUUCAAUGUACUUCUGCACUUCCACGUUGUUAUCAAUGCAUCCAUUCUGCCUUUUGCC